AUGAGGUGUCCGAGACAGGUUCCCAAUGGUAUCUGGCACAUAGGAUUGAGGAAAUCUGAAGGUGUUAUAUCAUUCGAGAAUGGUUGGAAAGAAUUUAUGGAGUUUUACUCUAUUUGUGUUGGACAUGUUAUAGUUUUCAGAUAUGAUGGGAAUUCGAAAUUUAAAGCUCACAUAUUUGGCAUGGAUGCUACAGAGAUAGAAUACCCAUCUCAUAUCGACAAUCCAAGUCAUGAAGUUGAAAUGAUCUCAACUUCGGACGAAGUUGAAGUGAUUCCAGUUCAUUCCGAUAAAGUUGAAGUAACUUCGAUACAUUCUGGUAGUACCCAAAGCAACGAUGAUCCUUUCAUGUCAAGUGCAGACCGUCUUAAUCAGAAAGUCAAACCUGCUACACACGAAUUUCCCCAAAAAUCACAACAACAAUAUACGUUUUCCAGGAAACUUAAUCCUAAAUUGAGUCACUAUACCAAGGCAUUCCAGGCAACACUUGAAGCAACCAAAGAGUUCGUGUCUGAGAAUCCAAACUUCAAAGUUGUGAUGCAACCUGUAGUAGCAUAA